AUGCCAUCUACGUUUUUCAUGAAUUUCUCCUCGUUCUCUGCUUUAACAUCCACACGAUCCUUAAAUUGUCUCGGCAGGGGGACUUUCUUGUCCCCAACAGCCUCUCAGCUGUUUCACUGCCGUGUAGUGAGUCAAAAUCGUGUAAUAUCAUGCUUGGGAAACGUGUGUCGUGCUGAGCUCGUUUUGAGGUCAGCGCGUUUGGGUUUUACUCUGCCACGGGAACCUUGUCGUAGCCACGCAGCAGAACGGUGUACGUUUUAG